AUGGUCUUGCACGUAUUGGUUCAACCUUAUUCUCUGAACUUCGUAAUGCAAUAUUCGCUAAUGUAGCGCAAAAAGCUAUUCGAAAAGUUGCCAAGAAUGUUUUUUAUCACUUACAUCAAUUAGAUUUGGAUUUCCAUCUCAAACGUCAGACGGGUGGUUUGAGUAGAGCUAUUGAUCGUGGAACUAAGUAA